AUGCGAUCAGCAGCGACGCGCAGUUCAAUGCGAAAGACGCGUCUCGAAGGCCUUGACAGGUCUCCCGAACGCGGUCACGAACUCGUCACCGUCGACUUGUUCCAGGGCUGGACUCCAUCGGCAGACACCAGUGACGAUGCCGAGAUCCAAAGUGAUCAGAUCGAUCCCGCACUGUCUCACGACGAUCCUUCCAGCCUCGCCACGUCCGCCGAUGCGCCGAGCUUCAAAUCAAUCGGUUUUCCCACAAGCAGUCUCCCAACAUCUCUUUCGACCGAAGGCAGAGUAGCCCAACAUGACGCCGGCGAUAAAGCUGAGCUCAAGAAGAUUGCGCCAUCCAAACGUCCGGGCGUUUCGCACGCCAAAAAGACGGCUCCCGAUCACAUCAAGCGCCCACGCAAUGCGUACAUCAUCUUUCGAUCGCAUAUUGUCUCGCAAAAGCUCAUCCCAAAAGAGGUAGAGCAUGACCACCGCAACAUCAGCCGAAUCAUUGCGCAUAUGUGGAAGAGCCUCGCCCAAGAGGAUCGCGCCCACUACGAGAAGAUCGCCUUCGAGGAGAAGGAGAGGCACAAGCAGCUUUUCCCCAACUACCGCUACCAGCCCACCACUCGCCGCACCAACGUCAACAAGCGCAACGUCAAGAAGCUCGAGAACGGCGACGAAGAGUGCCAAGAGAUUGCGGACAUCAUCCUCAAAGCGCAAGGCAAGAGCGGCGUCGCCGCCAAUCCCGAGCCGCGCAAACCUACAAAAAGGACACGCGAGGCGACGCGUCCGCAACAGGAGAACGACACCGAAUCCGCAGCCGAGCCUUCGCCGCGCAAACGCGCCAAGCCCAGCAAGAUGCCUUCCAAGGUGACCAAGGUGGCCAAGACGCCCAAGACGCACAACGUGGCCAAGGGCACCCACGGGAAUGGAGACGCAAACGAGUCGGAACAGACGCUCGAGACCGUCUUCCUGUACCAUUCGUCGUCACCAUCGCCGUCCGUUUCGUCGUGCUCGAGUGCUGCCAUUGCGUCUGUUGCCGUGACAUCGCCCGAGCCCUUGCGACUCUCGCCCGAAACGCCUCCUGCCGCCCGGCAAGAUACACACGGAGACGAGCAAGGGGCCGGCGCUUCCAUCUUUGGCCGCAGGGCAUCCUCGGUCCCGCUCGUUCCGUUCUACUCUCUUCCGCCUCCGCCAGCGAUUGCACUUUCGGAUCACGAAGGCUACCAAGCGUCGGUUCAUCCCCAAUCGUUCGGCGUCCCCAUCGAGCGCGAACAGCUGCAGUCCAUCCAAGGCCAGCUCGACGUCGUUCAAAUCGACCAAGGCAGGGACGACGGUCGCGACAUGCCUGCUCCUGCUUGGAAGGGGCGACGAUCGCAGCCGCCUCCCAUCCCCAACACCUGGCAAAACUGCUCGUUCGACGAGCCGUCUCUGCCCUCGCCGCGCACGAUGGGUUUCUGUGGAGCAUCAUCGAAGCACGGCAUGGGUCGACCUCGCACGGCCAUGCCGUCCACCCCAAGCUCGGCUUCCUUCCGCGGCUUCUUCCAUCCCUGGGCGUUCGACCACAGCGACGAGUCGACGCUCAUCUCGCCGAUGAACGUUUCGUUCCAGGACGGGAGGAGGCGCAGCUCCACCAUCCGUCACGGCUCGCUCACCGGACGUCGGUACGGCUCUUUCGGCCUCGAACCGCCCAGCAGCUUCAGUAGCCGCGCAGAGCCGGCCGACCUCGGUUGCGGUGCGCGCACGGAUGCGUAUCCCUCCGACCUCGACUUUUUCGAACACGCCGCAAAUGCUGCAUCAGUCAGUCUCCGAGAGCAGGGUCUCUCAAGCGGCGCGGAUGAGGCGGUUCCAUUCGCUUUUGAUCCCGCCUUGGAGGGGGAGGGAUGUGCGCCGAUGCCGGGCCAUCCUCUCACCAGUCCUCGCCCUUCGUUCUCCGAGAGCACGUUGGCAGCUGCCGCCCGCGACUGGACGAGCAUCAAAGACGGCAAGGGUAGGCACUCCCACAGUGCCGCACACCAGCCUCAGCCUCAGAGCGAGCCCGCACCGGAAUCUCAGUUCCCGGCGCAGGCGCAAGAUGCAGGAAAUCUUACGCUUGAAGAGUCGGUGGAACGAGCAGUUCUGCUGGCGCUGGGCAAGCACUUUGGCCAGGAUGUCGACUGCGCCGAACGCAGCUCCAAGAUUGUUCAGCAGAUCCUGUCGUCGUUCACUUCCCAGUCGUCGAACCAUCCGCAAGCAUCGCAAUCGGUCGACGCCGACCAAGGCACCAUCCUCGAGCGUCACAACGGAGCUCACACCGCCGCGCCUGCCCUGGACUCGAGCCGUAGAGCGUCCCUCCGCGGAUCCUGUACUCCGGCGGGCUCCUUUCGUUCCUCCCCAGGCCUCAAUAGCGUCAAAGCCGUCGAUGGCCGCAGAAGCUCCAAAGCCCUUCCCUCGCCUUUGCAUCUCGCACGUUCCAACCAUCAAUUGGCCGCAGACUCGCAUGCCCAUCCAUACCCAACUUCCCAACAUUGCAUCUGA